UCAAACAUGACAUCCUUCUUAACAGUUGAAGUUACAAAAAAAAAAAAUCAAGUCAAGAAGAAGAAACCAACCAAACACGGCCACAGCACAACUUUGGAAUGUCCGUGAUUUCUUUGAGCACAUAUCAACUAUUAUAUCCAGGGUGGCACCUUGCAAAUCCUCCAAAAACUAGUGUUGUCCAUCUGAAAUCUAAAGAACAGAGAGAAAAAGCUCUUGUUAUUCCUUUCUCUUGACUCAGGGAACCAGAUCCUUCCUUCUUUUUUUAAAGAUUUUGAACAUGAUGGCUGCAAAGCUUGGAACUGAAGUUGAUUCUGAUUGUUCCUCCUUGUCUGAAAGUUCAUCUAUGAGCAGUGGAUCAUCAUCAUCAUCAUGUUAUCAGAAUGAAGAUACUAGCAAUGGGGGAGGAAGAGAGCUGAAGAGGAAAGUAAAGAAGCUAAGAUCAAUCAAGCUUGCAAGAUUGCCAAGCUUGAAACUCAUCACGAGACAAUCUAAAGUCAAAUCUGGUGAUGUUUCUGUUCUGUCUAGUGAUGUAGCAAGCUCGCAUCACUCACGCAUGUCACCAAAUUAUAUGAGGACCACCACUUCUUCAACUGCAAAGAAAGAGAAUUUGCAGAAAUCAGCAAGAACUUUGGCGAGGCGAUCUAGUUUUAAACCUGCAAAGAGUUUGACGAGGUUGUCUAGUACAAAAUUCAGGAGACCUUUGAUGAGGAUAUCUCCUGGAGGCACUGACCUGAAGAAAAAACUGAAUAAGUCAACAUCAAUCAAGAUUGCCAAUCGUUCUUCCAUGGUUUUAGCCAGGGAUGCUGAUAUACCACCUGAUUUUUCGAAGGCAAGUUUUGACGGGAGAAACGUUCAGCUUCAGGCAAGUCUUCACAAUUUUGAAUCUGCUUUGAGUGGUAAUGAUGAUAAUAGGAAAAUACCAAGGAAUUCAAAGCCAAAAUUAGCUUCUCCUGGUAACAAUUCUAUGAGAGUCAUGACAAGAACUACCACUUUGAGACCUGUAAGGAUCUUAACAAAAGUGGCUAGCAUAAGAACAAAGAGACCAUCCAUGAAGAAGCGUUCUCAAAUUCCAGACUCGAGCAUACAGAAAGCCACCUGUUCCUCAGCUAUCAAGUACUCCAAGUUUCCAUACCAUCUUGAGCUGCAACCAGAAGGCAGGGUAUCUGAAGGAAAUUCAGCUAUGGAGGUUUGUCCAUACAGUUAUUGCUCACUUCACGGCCAUCGCCAUUCUGAUGUACCUCCACUAAAACGCUUUGUAUCAAUUAGGCGACGUCUGUUAAGGAAACAAAAAAGCAUGAAAUCAGAAAGCCGAUCCUCUCGAAGAGUAAAACGUUCUGGCAAUGCAAAGAAGGGAACUCGGACAGGUCAACUGGUUUCUUGUAGAGAUUCAGCAGUUCUAGAAACAUCUCAUGACAAGAUAGCUGUAUCUUCUUCCACUGGCAAAACAGCUGGACUAAGAUCUGAGUCAACGAAAGAAGAUGCUCAUGGUGGAGAUGACAAAGACACCAGCAAUGUUAUAGGUGUCACUGACAUUCAAGUUCUUCAGCAAGAAGCUGAUGAAGGUGGGAUUGAAAAUUUGAACUUGGAUGUGCUCAAAAUCGAUUCACAUUCAAACACUGCUAAGGUUGAUGCAUCAACAAGUGUAGCCGAUGAACAACUAAACAAAGCCAGAAGGCUAAACCAGAAUAGAGUUGCGAAGUCUAGAGACAUCAACAACAUGGUCUCUUUUGCUUCCAUCGGUAAGCCAUUGCAAGAGGAAAUAGCAGCCAGUGAAGAAAAUAACCAAGAUGUUGUGCGAAAUUAUCAGUUCCCAAGUGCAGAUUCUGAGCAUGGAUACGCCAUAGAUGUCAGCCACGAAACUCAGAAGGAAAAACAGAAGCAUAUGGGAUUGUGGAACCUAAUAUAUCAGCACAUGGCAACAGGUAUUGCCACAGAAAAUGGAGCCCAGCCACCUCUCAAUAAAAAAACCAAGGAAGAAGAGAAAGAUGAGAACACAUUGCCUGGCAUCAGCAAAUCUGGUUCUUUUCAGGAUUUUUCCAGUACAGAUCAGAGCAACGAUGAGGAAGAUCAUGAUGAACACAGUGAAAAAACUCACCACUACCAAUGUAAUGCCAUUAAGUUGGUGCAAGAAGCAUUUGAUAGAAUACUCGCAGAAAUUCCUGACCAGUCAUCUGAUGAUCAAUCAAUUGCUAGUGACACUUCAGACAAGGAGCUUGCAGUGAAGGAUCAAAGUGAAGAUGGGCAAUUAAGCAUCUUGACUUCCUAUGAUUCAGACGGAGACAGCAUAGUUCAGGAACCAGAAGAAUUGAGGCUCAAAGCUGAUAAUGCCUUUGAAAGAGAGAAAGCACAUUCAAGGGUGGAAAGCAAGUCUAACCAGCAAAUGCCCAAGAGCUGGAGUAAUCUGAAAAAGAUACUGAUCCUCAAGAGAUUUGUCAAGGCAUUGGAAAAGGUGAGGAACUUCAAUCCACAGAAGGCACGGUUUCUACAUGCAGAGGCUGAACUAGGAUCAGAAAAAGUUCAUCUGCGCCAUCAAACCUUGGAGGAGAGAAAAAAUUCUGAAGAAUGGAUGCUUGAUCAUGCACUUCAACAGGUUAUUUCUACACUAGCCCCAGCUCAAAAGAGAAAGGUAGCUCUGCUUGUACGAGCAUUUGAGACCAUCACCCCACUCACUGAAGUUGGUACUUCGCCAAGGUUCAACAUAGAAGUUUCUUCUCAUACAACUCCAGUUAAAACCUGCAAUGGUGCCUCUGACUGCAACCGGUCCAUAGAAGGAAGAGAAACUAUUUUUGGAAUCACCCUUCGUAAGACAUCAAGCCUUGACACAAUCGCAUCAACCACUUCGUCAUUGGAGAACACUUUUGCAGACUUGAACCAAUUUGUUGCUCUCAAUCUUGGUAAUGGUGAAACUAAUUCCAUUAUCAAAGACAAUGAACCUGAUUUCGUCAACCACUGUUUGGUUGAGGAUACAGAAUCUAAGUUAUGUGACAGGCCUUUGCCAAAUACCGAUGAUGCUCUACGAACUUCUACCGAGAAACUUGUGAUAAAUGGGGAAGUUCUCCCAGAGGAUGCCAAAGAAGCAAGAUCAGUUUCUGCCUCGGAGGUUUAUGAUCGUGAUUUAGGAUUAAGCAGCCAAAACUCAGACACCAAUAACCAAAACAACAGAAUUUAUGAUGAAUCAGAUGAACCUGACGGCCAAACCCCAAACGAGGGUUCAACUGCCAAUACCAAUGUGGUUUCUUUAUCUACAAUUUCUGCACCAGUAGAGGAAUCAUCUGAAGUUGCUGAAGAAGAGAAUAAGCUCAAAAAGUUUCUCCAAGGGUCCACCUUGCUUCACGAAUCAGAACCAGGUUGCACAACUGAUGUAGCACAUGAAAAGCAGAAACAUAUGAAGUUCUGGUUCUUGAUAUAUAAGCACAUAGUAUCAGGUAACGCGACACUUAUUGAGGGAGCAUAUAAGGAAGAACAAGGGGAUGAUGGCAACACAUUGGUUGGCAUGAAAACAUCGAGGAAUGAUGAUGCGGACAACCAAAAGAUUAAACUCCAACAGAUGGAAGCCAUAAGGCUGGUGGAAGAAGCAAUUGACCAAAUUCCUCUUCCUGAAAUUCAAGAUGACGCGCCUGAUGAUCAAUCAGUUGCCAGUGACAUAACUCAAGACCACGAUCAGGAGUAUAUUGAAAAGAAACCCGAGGAAGGAGAGAAACCAUUCAUCUCAUCUUCCUUUAAGCGCACCGGUGACAGCUUUGGAGAAUUUGAAAGCACAGAAGCAGCGGAGAGCACCACAUUGUAUCAACAAGAAUCGCAUCUCAAUUUUGAUAACAUCAGUGCACAAGAAAAGACAAAACCAAUACCAACAGAAGGAAACAAACCAAAGCCAGCCGUGCACAAGAACUGGAGCAAUCUGAAAAAGGUGGUCCUCCUCAAGAGAUUUGUCAAGGCAUUGGAGAAGGUGAAAAAAUUCAAUCAACAGGAGCCACGAUUUCUGCCCUUGGACCCUUUAAGUGAAGCUGAAAAGGUUCAUCUAAGGCACCUAGACACGGAUGACAGGAAAAAUGCUGAUGAAUGGAUGCUUGAUUAUGCACUUCGACAGGUCGUUGCUAAACUGACACCAGCUCGGAAAAGAAAAGUGUCAUUGCUUGUAGAAGCCUUUGAGGCAGUCACCCCUAUUGGAAGUGGAGAGUGGUCAGACACAUGAUACAGCAGCCCUUCUAGUUAUUCUUAAGAUUAGGGUUUUCUGUAAGUUUUUAUGGCCAGAUUCUCUUCGAGCUCGGCAGAAUCAGCAAUCAGAAUACUUAAUAUAUGAUAAACCACCUAGUUUCCUGACUUCUCAUUAGAAGCAAAAAUUAAGAACAAGAGUGAACAUUACUGCACUAAAUCUCCCAUUUUUUCUUGAUUCUGUAAAUGACUUUCUUUCCCAAGAAAUUACAAAUCUAACGGUAUUGUAAUCAUUUUCUGGACCCCCGAUACAUGAUGCAGCUGUAAGUAACGAUAACAAAUUACCAUGCCAGCAGGUGAAGCAGGAGCAAACGACGAGUUUCAAAAAGGAAAUGUGAGGGUAGGAAAAGCAAGAAACCAAGGAAAUUCCCAAGAAAAUUUUUUUUUGUUUCUUUCUAUAAAAAACCCUCAAGUAAAUAGACAGACAGCUGUGAGUAAUGUGUGUACCUUCUGGAGCGGAAACUACUAGUUUUGAAGGGUGGCUUCUUCUUUGUACUAUAAAGACUGGAACUGGUAAAGAACAGUUUCUUCUCUUUGCUAUCGUGUCUUGAACAAGCCAUCCACACCGCCCUUCCUUGUAUUUGAACCCUAUUUGAACCCAGAGCAUUACAUGGAACUUACUCGGCUACCAUCCAAAUUUGAUCCAUACCCUUUCAAAACACAGCAUUUGUGUUUUUCGAGCUGCUAAAUUUUGUUUCAUAUUUGUUUGAUUGAUGAAUGUUGCGGGGUGAUAACCCUGGCCUGUGUAAUCCAAAAAGAAACUCUCUACUUUUCUGACGUGAUUUUUUUUUUCCUUUUAUUAUUUUCAUCCAAUUGACAAGGCAGGUUCAUGAUCUGUUCUCUGUUAAUAUAUCCUCCGGAACAACGCAUGUAGAGCAUUCAAGGGCUGGUGUUUAUUCUGUAACAAGAUGUGUCUCAAUUGAUGAUUUCACGUCCAAUCCAAAACCCACUACAAGUCAUGGAAAACUUAACGUAGCAUAUCUAGGUGAGAAAUGUAGACGCUUAAACAUCUAUUACAGUCUAAAAGCAACCAAACUAAGAAAGUUCCUUGACUAAACCACAGAACGACGCAUUACACAGAAUGACAGCAUGUUGUGGAUCGGCAACCAAACUAAGAAAGUUCCUUGGCUAAACCACAGAACGACGCAUUACACAGAAUGACAGCAUGUUGUGGAUCGG